AUGGACAGUCUAACCUGGCUGAAUUAUUCCCUGCAUCAGACUGCCCGCCUGGGGCUGGAGGUUCUGGAGAGGGCCUCCAAGAGGAUGGACUGGACUGUCACGCCUCGCAAGCACACUACCAACCCCGAGGAGGAGGAUGAACGGGUGGUAUACACCAAAAACUCAUUGGCAGCACUGCAGGAGGCCUUCUCCUCUAUUACUGACUUAAUGGCAGAGACCAACAUUCAAUGCAAAAAGUACUACGACUCAAUGGGAUGCACUCAUGGUCCCGACAUCGAGAAGAAACACGGGCCUCGCUACCAUAAGCAUAUCCCUACGACCAGCAAUUUGUCCCCUCGGGGACACCAGCAAGAUGGCAGUCAAGUUGAACCAAAUGACUUCUAUGUGGUGGUGCCUGCCGGAUCAUACACCAUCAGCGCGGACCAGCCCGGACAUCAGCAGCAAACAAAGAUGAUCGACCUCAAAGCUGGCGACACAGUCAGCAUCACAUUUAACUUCUAA